AUGGAGAGUCCCCACGAGCACCAGCAGACGGUGCUGCUGUCGCGUAUUAUCACCAACGUGGAGAAACUCAAUGAAGCCAUCAUGGUCAUGAACAAGAGCCUUCAGGAGGUCAACAUCCAGAACAUGAACGUGGAACUGGUGGCGCAGAUGUUCAAGAACUACCAGUCCAACGUGCUUUUCCAUCUGGAAGCGACCGAGAACCUCCAGGAGCCGUCGUAA